AUGGCUCCCCUAGGAACCAAGCGCAAGUCUGCCGAAGACGCGUACCCCAACAAUGAGGCUCGAACGCCCACAUCCAGCCCCCCUCAAAAGAAACUCCGAAUCACACGAAACCAGAAACAGGCUUUGAUCGAUAACCUGCAGCUUGAGGUCACCGAACGCGCCCGCAAACUUCGCGCCCAGUAUGCCCUCCAGGCAAGCGAUCUCCGCGCUCGAAUUGAACGACGCGUCAACCGAAUUCCCGUGGCUCUGCGAAAGGCGAAUAUGGGCGAAUUGUUGGAGAAGCAUAAUGCGGCGAUCCGGGCACAGCACGAGAACGGCUCGCCCAGGAAACUCAUCAGCCCUAUCAAGGGAUCCCGCCUGACGGCCAUUUCCAUGAGCCCUGCGAAGCAAAGGGCUGCUGCCGCGAGCCCUCAGUCUCGCAGGAUCAAAAAGCAAAGCCACGAAGGUCAUUACUCCGACAAGGAGAACGCCCCGGCCGCGGGCGAAUCUCUCGACGUAUUGAAGAACCCCAAGAGGCGCGGAAAGCCCGGCGCCGCAGCUGGUACUUCGCGCGUCGUGUCCCAGGAAGUGAGAGGGGCCGACUUCCGGAUCUUGUCGCCCAAGUCCUCCAACUCCCGAACCUAUCCCCAAUCGCCAUUGCGCGCCUCUCCCGAAAAGCCCCAAACGUCGUCCUACCUGUCGCGCCCCAUGUCGCCGCUGAAGCCGUCCAGUCCGCUCAAGUCGACCUCGGCAACUCUGCCCGGAUCGGCUAUGCGAUCCGCGCGUGCUGCUCCCUCGGCCGCCAGUUCCAUCCGACCCCCUUCGCAAGCGCAAACCAAGCGACCGGUGAGCCGGGCUGCGACGAGCGUGCGGUCCGUCCAGUCGCCUCUGCCGCGCCCUGCUACGCGCCAAUUAGAGCGCCGAGGCAGCGUUUCGUCCUCCGCAUCGUCCGGGACAACCGUUGCCAAGCCGACGCGCACUGGCACCGGCGCUCGGAAGGCGACCACUACGUCCACGUCCAGCGUGCCCGCCAAGAAAACAGUCGCGCGCAACCAGGUCCCCUCUACCUCUGCUAAGAGCAAUACGGCUUCUUCAACAAGGAAGGCCACGGCGCCCGCCGGAGGUGAAGCUCCAACAACGGGCCGUAGGGUGUUGCGGAAACGGGCAUAA